AUGCGGCUACGAGAGAUACCUCGCUGCGCGGCAUUUGCCUGGUCGCCUGGUUCUGAUUUGCCUUUGGUGGUAACUGGAACUCGAGCUGGAGCAGUUGACGCAGAUUUCUCUGAUGAAACAAAGCUGGAGCUCUGGGAUUUGAGCCUGGACGACCUCGAGCAAGGUGUUGAGCUCCAGCCUGUUGCAAGCAUUAGCACGGAUUCAAGAUUUCAUGAUAUUGCUUGGGGACCUGCGAACGCAGAGCACCCACGGGGAAUAAUCGCUGGGGCACUUGAGAAUGGCUCUCUGGAUUUGUGGGAUGCCGAGAAGCUCAUAAAAGGGGGCGAAGAUGCAUUUAUGUCACGAACAACAAAACACUCAGGCGCUAUCAAAUCUCUCCAAUUCAAUCCUCUAAAGCCUCAAAUCCUUGCGACAGCUGGCACAAAGGGCGAGCUGUUUAUUUACGACAUCAACGACAUCUCGAACCCUUUCAGACUUGGUACGGCUGCGGCCCGAGCAGAUGAUCUUGAGUGUGUGGCAUGGAAUAGGAAGGUCCCUCAUAUUUUGGCAACUGGUGGAAGCGGUGGAUUUGUCACUGUGUGGGAUCUAAAGACCAAGAAGGCCUCUCUCACAUUGAACAACAACCGAAAGGCCGUGGGAGCAAUUGCUUGGGAUCCAAACAACGCUACGAAGCUUCUUACCGCAACCCCUGACGAUUCGAGCCCAGUCAUUCUAUUAUGGGACUUACGAAACUCGAACGCCCCUGAGCGCACACUGGCAGGCCAUGACCAGGGCAUCCUCUCACUCUCGUGGUGCCAGCUGGAUAGCGACCUGUUAUUAUCUUGUGGAAAGGAUAACAGAACGAUAGUCUGGAACCCACAAACUGGGGAGCGCCUUGGCGAAUUCCCCGAAGUCACAAACUGGACAUUCCAAACAAGGUUCAAUCCUCACAAUCCUGCUCUGUCUGCAACAGCUUCUUUUGACGGCAAGAUUUCAAUACAGACUCUCCAAAAUACCAAUUCUACUUCUUCGCAGGCUCCUGUUCAGGGUCCUGUAGACGGAGAGGAUUUCUUCACAAAAGCCCAGACUCAACCACAGGGAGCUUCGUUCUCCUUAAAGAAAGCCCCGAAAUGGCUCGAGCGACCUGCGGGUGCUUCUUUCGGCUUUGGAGGAAAGCUGGUAAGCUUUGGUCUGUUGCCAACCGUUGCUGGUCAACAUCGAUCAUCCAAGAUCCAAAUUUCAAACUUCUCCGUCGACUCCGACAUUGGGUCAGCCACCGAGACCUUCGAAAAAGCCCUCCUAUCCGGAAAUAUUGGUAGCAUUUGUGAAUCGCACAUAUCUGAAGCCAAAUCUGAACAGGAGAAGGCAGACUGGAAGGUUAUUGAAACACUGGUCUCCGAUAAUCCCCGCAAAAAGGUUACCGAAUAUUUGGGCUUUUCGGACCAAGUGGAAGAAGCUGCUAACGGCAUUGCUGGGCUUGAUCUGGAAGAGAAGACCGAUGGAACUACUGAAGACGCUAAUGGAACUGCGUCGAAGAACAGUCGAUUAUCUACACUUUUCUCAGAUGGUGUAGAUGGUGAUGACUUUCUAUCAACAAUAGCGGCAACGAAAGGAGCAAAGACUGACAACCCCUUCCACUUGUUCUCUGAAGCGGAUUCUGCCUCGGAAAAGCAGAUUACAAAAGCUUUGAUGCUUGGGCAGUUUGAGAAGGCUAUGACUAUCUGUUUGAAAGAGGACAAGAUUGCAGACGCGUUAAUCAUCGCAAAUUGCGGGGGCAAGGAAUUACUCGAGAAGGCGCAGUCUGUGUAUCUGUCCAAGAAGUCGACAGGGCCUAACUAUCUGCGCCUACUAUCCUCAGUUAUCGGCAAGAAUCUCUGGGAUAUUGUCUACAAUGCGGACCUCUCAAACUGGAAGGAAACCAUGGCCACAUUGUGCACCUAUGCGGACCCGAGCGAAUUCCCGGACUUGUGUGAAGCUCUUGGCGAUCGAAUUAUAGAAACUGACAAUCCCAAAGAUGCCUCAUUCUGCUACUUGGUUGGGUCAAAACUUGAGAAGGUCAUCACUAUCUGGAUUGCCGAAUUGCAGGACGCAGAGAAGGCAGGCAUCGAAGAUCGUAGCGAAGACUCGUCUUUUUCUGUUCACGCACGUGUUCUGCAGAACUUCAUUGAGAAGGUGACAGUGUUCCGAGACGUGACAAAGUUCCAGGAUAACGAACAAGGAUUAACCUCUGGCUGGAAGCUCGCGCCAUUGUACGACAAAUACAACGAGUAUGCUGACAUUGUUGCCGCCCAUGGACAUCUGUCUAUUGCAGAGCGAUACCUGGAUCUCUUGCCAACGCAAUACCCGGCCGCUGAAGUUGCUCGAAGCCGGGUGAAACUUGCAUCGAGAAAGGCGGCACCAAGAACAGCACAACAGCAACAGCCAGCAUCUGUAAGAAAUUCAUCGCGCCCACAACCGGGUAUUGGCUACCAGCCUCCCGCUGCAACGCCUGCGCGCCCAACCCAAAAUAGUUUUGCACCACCGGCACCUACCCCCGUGGCGAACCCAUACGCACCACCAUCUAAUACAUACGCUCCCCAGCAACCAUAUCAACAACCGCAACAAGGACAGCAAGGUUAUGGGCAAAAUUACGGAUCCAAUUUUGGUAGUGUUCCUCCGCCAAACAAUUAUGGGGCACCUACUCAGUCUUUUGGAGGACCACCCACUGGACCACCAAGGAACACGACUCCUUCGGCACCGCCGCCCUCCAAGGCAAAGGACAUGAUGAACUGGAAUGAUACUCCCAUGGUCUCUAAGCCACCGAGAAGAGCCACGCCCUCUACCACCCCAGCUCCAUUCCCCAACCAACAGAACUUUUCCAUGCCACCCCCAGCAAAUCCCUAUGGCGUCAGAGCAACUCCCACUCCACCUCCUCCACCACCAAAAGGACCGGCUCAUCCCCGUAUGACCUCUCCGCUAAUGAGUGGCCCUCCCCAACCUUUCCAGCCAAGACCAUCCUCUGCUGCAAAUCAGUAUGCACCAGCUCCAACAGCUAGCUCACCCGCCCAGCACUAUGGUCUCCCACCAACCAUUCCCCGAGGCGCAUCCCCAUAUAAUGCAUCACCGGCAGGGCCACCGCCUUCCAACAGAUACGCCCCUUCGCCAGCCGCACAGCAGUAUUCACAACCACCAACACCUCAAUCUCAAGUGGCCCCGCCACCUCAAGCUGGCAAUAGACCACCGCCACCAGCUAAUCCUUACGCUCCUAGUGCCCCGCCAUUGCAUACACCACAGAGCCAGUUCGCCCAACCAUAUGACCAUAAUCAGGCACCUUCUCAAUUCCAGAACCAAGGCCCACCGCCAGCUUCUCAGGGGCCACCGCCAAGCUCUCGACCACCAACUGGCCCACCCCCUAAAUCUGUCACACCUGCUGCUCCGGUAAAGCCAAAGCAUCCAAGUGGGGACAGAUCACACAUUCCUGCAUCGGCUCAGCGAAUGGUUGACAUCUUUAGCGGUGAUAUGCAGCGAGUUGCCUCCAAGGCGCCGCCUUCUUUCGCUGCUCAAGUCAAGGACACGCAGAAGCGACUUAACAUUCUCUUCGAUCAUCUGAACAACGAGGAACUUGUGAAGCCAGAAACCGUCGCGAGGUUAAGUGAGCUUGCUGAGGCCCUGAACGCAAAGAACUAUGAUGUUGCCGCACGAUUUCAGGUUGAUAUCCAGCGUGAGAAGACUGACGAGUGUGGAAACUGGAUGGUGGGCGUGAAACGUUUGGUGAGCAUGAGCAAGGUAACUCCUUGA